CAAAAUUGGCGCUUCAGUUCCCGCCGUGGUUUGUGGUUUAGCGGUUACCGCGGUCGAGAGAGACGCAGGAAGAACAAUUCGAGAACCUGGAAGCGAACAGAGUGGAAGCCAUGUUUGGUGCAGUUGGAGCUCGAGGGCUGAGUUGCUUCAGCUUCAGGCAUUUGAUAAUACGUUCCCAAACUACGACUCCGAGAUUUGCUCUUCAGCCGAGCUGUUUCUCGACCUCAACGCCGAAGAAGCGGGUUGGCACUCACAACGGCAGCUUUCACUGCGACGAAGCCCUUGCUUGCUUCAUGAUUGGCCUCGCCGAUAAGUUCUCCGGCGCCGAAAUUGUCCGCAACAGGGACCCUCAGGUUCUGGAAACGCUGGAUGCGGUGGUUUAUGUAGGAGGUGUGUUGUACGAUCCGAGUCGGGAUCGCUAUGAUCGUCACCAGAAGGGAUUCGACCAAGUGUUUGGCCAUGGGUUUAACACCAAACUCAGCAGCGCUGGCCUCGUCUACAAGCAUUACGGGGCUCACAUAAUUGCAAAGGAGCUUCAGCUGGAUGAAGGCGACUCCGACGUACAUCGGUUAUACCUAUCCAUUUACAAGAACUUUGUCGAGGCAGUUGAUGCAGUUGACAAUGGAAUCAAUCAGUUUGACAGUGAUGAGCCUCCUAGGUAUGCAAACAAUACGAGCUUAUCAAGCCGAGUUUGCGAGGCUGAAUCUGGACUGGGCAGAACCUGAUCAAUCUUUCGAGAAAGAGAAUGCAGCGUUUGGAUGUGCCAUGGGGCUUGCUGGUUGUGAAUUUUUAGAGCAACAAGUUAGGGAAGCUGAUUAACAAUGUUUAUGUGUUGAAGAGUAUUCGCUUCCAUGCAAAAUCUUGGUUGCCAGCUCGAUCACUGGCUGUGUGUUUGCCCAUGCAAGUGGGUUUAACAUGACAGGACUCUUAUUAGGAACCUUUUUGCCGAUGAUUUGUUGGAGAGAGGUACAAUCCUUCAAUUGCACUUGUGUUUUUGGCAAGGAAAUUCUUUGCUUUUUUCCC